CCGCCCCGCGGCUCGAUGGCGGUGGCGGUGCUGCGGCCGCUGGACGCCCCGCCGGCGGAGCUGGCGCCGGUGACGGCGCUGCUGCUGGCGCCGCCGGCGCUGUGCGCGGCGCUGCGCGGUCGGGGCGGCGGGCUGGUGCUGGCGGUGCGGCCGGCGGGGCGCGGCGGGGCGCAGCCCGUGCUGCUGAGCGCCGUGGCGGUGGAGGCGGGCGGGCGGCGCGGCGCCGAGCUGUGGCUGCGCGGGGCCGUGCUGCGGCGGCUGGGGCUGGCGGCCGGCCGGCGGGUGGCCGUGUGGCCGGUGCGGCGCCCGCCGGCGCUGGCCUGGGUGCUGCUGGGGGGCGCGGCGGCGGCGGGACGGGCGGCGGGCGGCGCGGUGCUGGCGCGGCGGGGCGAGGCGCUGCCGGGGCCGGGCCCGGGGCCGGGCCCGCUGGUGCUGGAGGCGCGGCCGGCGCUGCAGGGGUUGCUGGGCAACGCUACGCGCACCGCGCUCGCCCCGCCGCCGCCGCCGCCGUCGCGGGAGCCCGGCACCGCCCCCUGCCGGUGCCCCGCUGCGCCGCCCCUCGUGUCGCGGUUCGCCGCCGCCGGGCCCGGUGGGGCUGCGGCGGUUGCGCGGCUGCGGGCGGCCCCCGGCGGCGCGGCGGGAGGCGGCGGCGGCGCGGAGGUGUGGGUGAGCCGGCGCGGGCUGCUGGCGCUCGGGUUCUUCCAAGGGGAGUGGGUGCGGGUGGGCGCCGACGGCGCGGCCCGCGAGCACUUGGCGGCGCUGCUGGCCCGCCCGCCGCCCUGGGAGUAUCCGCGGGCCGCCCGCCGACGACCAGCCGACGGCGCCGCGCUGCUGGCCCCCGCGCUGGCCUUCAACAUGGGCUGCGACCCCGCCGCCGCCGCGCAGCUCCGCCUGCGGAGGUACGAAAGGUGCGGUGCCGCCGACGGGGCGGGCAGCCGGUCCGUGCUGGCCGUGCCGCCCUUCGCCAAGGAGCUGCACCUCCAGAUCGUCUGCUCGCCCGCGUACAGCGCCCGGGGAGGGUACGACCGUGUCCUCUACAAGCACUUCAAAACACCCCGGCUUGUCCAGGAGGGGGACAUCCUGUGUGUUCCAACAUUUGGCUAUGCUGAGUUUUUAGAAGUAAAUGCAGACAAAUUCCUAAGGUGGCCAGAGCUUUACUUCAAAGUGAGGAAGAUUUUAGGCAUGGUGGAAAGCGAACAGUCUGAGGGUUACCUGGUGGACACCCAGAACACCUCUCUGUAUCUGGUGGGCUCAACAAACAGCGCUGUCCCAUCUGCCCCAGCCUAUAACAGCCAUGAGUUCUGGAGCAGUUUGUCUCCUGCUGGACUUUCUGAUGUUGUGAAGCAGCUCUGUGAUGCUCUUAGGCCUCACCUGAGCAAUCAAGCAAGUGCACUGAGCGGGGCCAGCAGCGUUCUCCUCUCAGGGCCAAGUGGCAGUGGGAAGCUGAUGGCUGUCAGAGCUGUGUGUAGCUGCCUCAACCUUCACCUCUUCAAGGUCGAUUGUGUUAGUUUAUGCAGUGACACCAGUGGAGCCACAGAGGAGAAAGUUCAGAUGGCCUUCACCCAAGCCCAGCAGUAUCAGCCGUGUGUGCUCCUGCUGAAAGACAUCGAGGUGCUUGGCAGAGACCGGGACAGACUAGGAGAGGAUGCCAGGGUCAUUGCCACGCUGAGGCAGCUGCUCCUGGACAGAGACCCAGCACUGAGCCACCCUGUCCUGGUGAUUGGCACAACCUGCAAGCCCCAGGAUGUUCCUGCAGAUGUGCAGACUGCUUUCCUUCAUGAGGUGAAAAUCGAAGCCCCUUCAGAAGAGCAGAGGAGGUCGAUGCUGAGCAUGCUGACUGCCAGUCUGCCUCUGGGCAAAGAAGUGAGCCUAUCCAAGCUGGCCCGCAGGACUGCAGGGUUUGUGCUGGGAGAUUUCUGUGCCUUGUUGUCCCACAGCAGCCGGGCUGCUUGUACCCGCAUCCAGGCCUUGAGCUUUCCAGGCGGACUGAGUGAGGAAGUGGAGAGAGAUUUCUGCACUGCUGGGUUCCCAGUGCUUGAGGAGGAUUUCAGCGUUGCGCUGGACCAGCUGCAUGAUGCCCAUUCCCAGGCAGUGGGAGCCCCGAAGAUCCCCUCCGUGUCCUGGCAGGAUGUUGGUGGGCUCCAGGAGGUGAAGAAGGAGAUCCUGGACACUAUCCAGUUGCCCCUGGAGCACCCGGAGCUGCUGUCACUGGGUCUGUGCCGCUCUGGGCUGCUGCUGUACGGGCCUCCAGGGACAGGGAAGACCUUGCUGGCAAAAGCUGUGGCAACCACGUGCACCAUGACAUUCCUUAGUGUGAAAGGGCCAGAGCUCAUCAACAUGUACGUUGGGCAAAGCGAGGAGAACGUGCGUAAUGUGUUUGCCAGAGCCAGGGCAGCUGCUCCCUGCAUUAUCUUCUUCGAUGAACUGGAUUCCCUGGCCCCCAGUCGUGGGAGGAGUGGAGAUUCGGGGGGUGUCAUGGACAGAGUUGUCUCGCAGCUCCUGGCUGAGCUUGAUGGCCUUCAUUCCACCAGAGAGGUGUUUGUCAUUGGAGCUACCAACAGGCCUGACCUCCUGGACCCAGCUCUGCUCCGGCCAGGCAGGUUUGACAAACUGGUCUAUGUGGGCAUAAAUGAAGACCGGGAGUCGCAGCUGCAGGUGCUGAGCGCCGUCACCAGGAAAUUUCAACUGGAUCCCUCUGUGAAUCUCACCACGGUCCUAGAAAAAUGCCCAACUCAGCUGACAGGAGCAGACAUCUACGCCCUGUGCUCAGAUGCCAUGAUGUGUGCUGUCAAACGCAAGGUGGAAUGGAUCGAGGAAGGGCUGGAUACUGAGAGUUCUGCUCUGAUCCUGACCAUGGAUGACUUCCUGCAGGCUGCUGCAAGGUUGCAGCCGUCAGUCUCUGAGCAGGAGCUGCUCAGGUACAGACUCAUCCAGCAGAAGUUUGCUGCCUGCUGAUGCUUGGCAGAGCUGGGACUGGAGUGAUGGACACAGUGUGUGAAGGGGUGCGAGAGAACAGGCACAGGCGCUUGCCUGCCCUUCUCUGGUGGUUCCUGGGCCCCUUCUUUGGAGCUUAGUUGGAAAUAGCAGCUGUGCAGCUUCUUUAGGUUGGUGGAAGCAGUGCUCUGCUCAGCUGUGCUGGUUCUGCAGCAGUCCCUUACCUCUUGGAGCACUGUGUGGCUGCUGGGAGCAUACUGGGGCCAUUCUCCCACAGGGUGGAAGCCGAGUCUCAUGGCUGUGGACACUAUAGGAGUGACUCAUGGGUGACAGAGCACUGGUGAGGGAGCAAAGCCCAAACUGUGCCUGGUUUGGCAGCAAGAGCGGGACUGGAGGCAGUAGCUUGUUGGGAUGUCAGCCCCCAGUCAGGGGUGCUGGCUGGAGGGCAGCAGAACACAGGACACUGCUGCUGCAGCUCUCCUGGCCUCGACAAGGGCUCUCAAUAAAUACAGCGGUUUGGCACUUGGUGUUCAUUGA